AUGGCGCCGCUGCGCUGCCUACUGCCGCUGCUGCCCGCCCUGGCGCUCGCCCUCGGCCCCGCCGCCGGGGAGGGGCGCCGGCCCCUGGCGCUGGAGGCGCUGGGCGAGGCGGAGGAGCUGGCGGAGGAGCUGUGGGGCGCGGGGCUGCCCGGCGACCUGCCCGAGCUGGAGCCCGAGUGCCGCCGCCUCCUCGCCGCCUUCGCGGAGGGCAGCGCGGCGCUGACGGGCUGCCUGGGCCGCCGCGCCCGCCCGGUGCGGCUCUGCCAGGCCUGCCACCGCCACUACCGCCGCGUCGUUGCACAGUACGGCAACAUCGCCCGCGCUGUCGGGAAUUCUUCUGAGAGCCACAAUUGUGCCAAAAGCAUCUUGACCUCAGACAGGCUGCAGAUAGUUGUGACCCUUUCGGAGUUCUUUAACAAAACCUGGGAGGCAGCCAACUGUGCAAAUUGUUUAAAGAACAGCAGUGAGGGAUUAUCAAAUUCUACUGUAGAAUUCCUGGAUUUAUUCAAUAAAUCUCUGACAUGUUUUGAACAUAACCUUCAGGGACAAACCAUCUAUCUGUCACCAAAUAACUACACAGAAGUGUGUAAAAACUGCAACGAAACCUACAAAAUGUUGAAUGACCUGUAUAACAACUUGCAAAGGAGGAACAGGCAAGGUGGUGAGUCUGGGCACUCUGCGCACUUGUGUAUCGAUGUGGAAGAUGCAAUGAACAUCACUCGGAAGCUUUGGAGCAGGACUUUCAACUGUUCUGUUCCCUGCAGUGAUACGGUCCCAGUGAUUGCAGUUUCAUCCUUUAUUCUCUUCCUACCUAUUGUUUUUUAUCUUAGUAGCUUCCUUCACUCAAAGCAGAAGAAACGGAUACUCAUUUUGCCCAAGCGCAUCCAGUCAAAUGCCAGUCUUGUGAACAUCCAAGAAAAAUACAGCUGAGCUGCAAAACAAAACCUGAGAACUGCUGCUGGUAUACAGUGGGUACAAUUGUGUUGGAAUGAGGCCGGCACAAAAGAGGAGUUAAUUAUGGUUUAGUGUAAUGAUACAGAGCAACACAAGUUAAACAAAAUGCUGUCUGACUUCUAAGCGAGGAUAUUAACAAACAUGACAAGGCAGGGCUGUGUGACACUAUAUGGACUCUGGUUUUGAAAAAUCUGUGGUUUUUUUCAGUCUCGGGCUGAAGCUGGUGUUUUUCUGUUUCUAAGCUUUUGUACUUUUCAUCAAUAGAAUAGCUACACUUUCCUUGCAUGGUAUUUUUCCAUAUUUAUCAUACUUGGUUCACAGAAACUUGAGAUUCUGAAUCUUUUCAGGUGAUUUUCAUAGACAGACAAAACUUGAAAUAAUAUUUGAUGUUCCUCCUUGAAACAUUAUGUUUAAUUCCACAUAAUAUUCAGUCUUGCCAGACUUGGGAUUGACAGGAAACCUUUAAGAAAGAAAAAGUUCUCGUCUUUUCUGUACUGCUCUGAAGUCAUGCUGCUGGUAUCUGUUACAAAAAAAAAAGAGGCAUGGAGUAUGCAGAGAAAGUGGUAAUAUAUAAUGUCCAAAGCCAGCAACAAAAGCAACAGAACUGCCAGUGCUAGACUUGAAUAGUAAUCAGUGACGACUACAGUAUUUGGUUAUCUCUGAAACGGGCGGCAUAUUUAGUCAUUUGCACACUUUAACCACUAAAAUCAUUGCUUUUCAAAUGUUACAUUUUCAGAGGCUUAUUUUAGAUGUCUCCUUGGGUAACUGAAUGCUUCAUUGUUUGUUUAUUGUGUUACUUCCUUUCCUUUUUAAUUAUAAAGGGGUUUUUUUGUUUGUUUUGUUGUUGCUGUUCUUGUAGAGGAGAAGUGAGGUAAAGUCAAGUCACUGGAGAUGCUGAAUUUCCUGGUCUAGAGCUUGCUAUGGCUUAAUACAGAGGUGUUUACAGGAACUUUGUAGGGGAAAAGUUACCUUUUCUAGAUAAUAUAUAUUUUAGCAGUAAAUGAACCAGAGGGUUCUCUAACUUAAAAACUGUCCUGAAGGACAAUGAAGAUACUGUGUUGGGAAUUCAUGACUUUCAAGAAAUAGUUUAAAAAAAUUAGGCCUGUGAAAUAGGUGAACGUAAACAAAUUCAAGCUUGCAGGAUUCCAAAGCUGAUGGAGAAAUUCGUUCAAUCGCUGUGGGGAUGGAUAGCGCUACUGACAGGCUGUGGUGUGGGCACGAUUCAACGGCUGCAGCAAUACCGACGGUUCAGUUUGGUUAUGAUAGCCCUGAUUUGGGAGAGUGGUGGGGUUGAAAUGAUUUACAGCUGUACUUGAGGUUAAUGAAUGCCAGAGUCUUUGCUCCCAUUUUUGAAUGUGUUUUCUAACCUUGAGAUAAAAAUGAAUGGCCAUUACAGCUAAAAAAUUAAAUUUCUCUUGGAAUCUGUGUCUCAUGUCUGUCAAAAAACCCCCAUGAAAUAGUCUUAUGUAUUUGACUUGCUUUGGAGCCUAGAAUGUUAUAUUUUUUCCUUUGCACUAAGGCUCAAAUAAAUAUAUAACAAUGUAACAAAACAGUCCUAAAGCUCUUCAAGUCAUUGGUUUUCUUGUUUUUCUUGGGUUUUUUUUUGUGGUUUUUUUUUUUUUGAGUUAGGACAUACUGUCAGUUUUAAAGUCAAGUUGACAAUAUGUUUAAUAGUAAAGUAAAAUACUGUGUUAGCGAUUGGUCCCACCCACAUGAUUGCCUUGUUGUAUUUUAUCAGUAAGAAGUAUUUAUCUCCCUCUGUUAAACAUGUGAAUUACUGGGUCAACAGUCAGUUUGUUCUAGGUAGUUUACAACGAUAACAUAAAACUGUGUUUCUCUUGCUUAUUACAUAAAGUUACCUUCUUGUGGCUGGGAGAGGCAUGCUGCCUUUAAAAAAAAAAAAGAUUAUUUUUUAUAUCUAUUAUUCUUAAACUUCAGUUUUCUGGGACUUAUUCAGCUGCCUGCUCUAAUAGCAUUACAUUGAUUUGGGACAUCAUAUGAUUGAGAGCUGUUCAAAGCAAUCUUUCAUUCGUGCAGAUAAAGCCAGUUUGUAUGUGCAGCAUUUCAGAAUGACAGCUUUUAUACUGUAAGCAGUGGCUUUUUGAGCACAUUCAUGUUAAGUAGGUCUGAAAGUCAUUACUUUUGGAUAUGGUGGUUAAGCACUUUUAAAAAAAAAAAAUAAAAAUCAGCUUUUCUUAUUUUCCUGGCUGCUAAGCCAAACGGAAAUACUCAUGUGACUUUUGUUGGUUUUUUAUUUUAAAGCAGCAGUAAAGUUUACACUUGAGAUUUUUAAUAUUACAUCUACUGUUUUCUCCUUUUUCUUUUUUUUGUUCCCCCCAAACUUUGUACUACUAACUUUCUUUACACAGUGUUAUAUUUUUGGUAGGAUAUUUCAUAUAUAAAUUGAUUGAAUUCUUUUUAUACUAUAUUUCCUAGAGAAAUGUGGAAGCACACAGACUGUGUUGAAGGAGAACUAGAAUUCUUUUUGCUGCUAGUUUUUCAUCUUGGUUUAUUUUUUGCCUUUUUGGUAUUAUAUGUACUAAAUAGGAUGAACUUUGAAAUACUAGUUGUAUCUUUUUGUGCAAAUAAAGAUUUCUUACUGUGGGGUA